UACCACCCAGACAUCGUCUGUGCUUGGCUUUCUUGUAAAAUAGCAUAUCUAAACAAUGGCGGAUAUCAUUAGCAUUAUAAGAUGAAUUAUACAGAAAGAAAGACAAUAAGAGUACUUUUCUAAGAAAAAUGUACUAGCCUAAAGCGCCAGAAGAGACGCUGGAAGAACCACCGAAGAUAGUAGAGGGGCUGCUAAAGAAGAAGAAGAAGUGGAAGUAGAAGAAGAGUGGAAGAUGGCUGCACGUGACCGAGUCGUUCGCCUGCUGACGCUGCUCAAGCACGCGGCAUGCAGGUGUCCAGCUCACUCCAACACAUUCCAUCAAGCUGUGACAUGCAGCACCCGAAAAACGGACUAUGCCUUCGAGAUGGCGAGUUCCAACAUCCGUUACGGAGAAGGAGUCAGCAGGGAAAUCGGCAUGGACCUACAAAACCUCGGCGCCCGGAACGUGUGCGUGAUGACCGACAAAAACCUCUCAUGCCUUCCGCCAGUCCAGGCGGUCCUCGAGUCUCUCACCAAGAACAGCGUUGAGUACAAAAUCUACGACGGCGUGCGGGUGGAACCCACAGACAGUAGUUUUAAAGACGCCAUCUCAUUUGCCAAGAACGGCUCAUUCGACGUGUUCGUGGCGGUGGGCGGUGGCUCUGUGAUUGACACGUGCAAGGCAGCCAAUCUGUACUCGUGUCACCCUGACGCAGACUUCCUGGACUUCGUCAAUGCGCCCAUCGGCAAAGGGAAGCCCAUUAUGGGACCUUUAAAGCCACUCAUUGCAGUUCCAACAACCGCCGGCACCGGCAGCGAGACCACAGGCGUGGCCAUCUUUGACUAUGAGCCUCUGAGGGCUAAAACAGGUAUCGCCAGCAGAGCCAUUCGACCCACUUUGGGGGUGGUGGAUCCCAUACACACACUGAGCAUGCCCAGUAGGGUCGCAGCCAACAGCGGCUUUGACGUGCUCUGCCACGCGCUGGAGUCGUACACCGCUCUGCCGUAUCACCAACGUGCCCCCUGCCCCGAGAACCCCAUAAACCGACCCGCUUACCAGGGCAGCAACCCAAUCAGCGAUGUUUGGUCGCGCCACGCCCUCAACGUGGUCGCCAAGUACAUGAAACGCGCCGUACGGGAUCCUGAGGACCUGGAAGCUCGCUCCAGCAUGCACCUGGCAAGCGUGUUUGCUGGCAUUGGAUUCGGAAAUGCAGGCGUCCAUCUUUGUCACGGGAUGUCGUAUCCAAUCGCUGGGAAUGUGAAGACCCACAAAGCCGAGGGAUACGAUGUUGAGCACCCACUGGUGCCUCAUGGCCUCUCUGUGGUUCUGACGGCGCCGGCUGUCUUCACUUUCACAGCGCCAAUGUGUCCUGAACGUCAUCUGGAAGCUGCAGAGAUUCUUGGCGCCGACAUCAGUCAAGUGAAACGGGCAGACGCCGGCGCUGUGCUGGCUGACACACUGCGUCACUUCCUGUUUGAGCUGCAGGUUGAGGACGGCCUGGCCGCUGUGGGCUACGGCAAAGACGACAUCCCAGCGCUGGUCCAAGGAACUAUUCCUCAGGAGCGAGUGACCAAACUUUCUCCUCGAGAACACAGCGAAGACGACUUGAGCAGUCUCUUUGAGGCCUCAAUGAAGCUCUACUGACAUCACUUCCUCUCCUACACAUGUCACUUUUAAUUAGCAUUCAUAAAACGACAACAUGUGAAU